UCUUUCACUUAUUCCCCACUCCUCUCCCCACCCCCCACUCUUAUUCUUUUAUUUUCCUUUGCUGUUAUCUUCUUCACUUGUCCGUUUUUUAAAUAAACAAUGAAGAAGCGUGCUCUGGAUACCCCUCCCAAAAGCAAAUCGCACGAAAUCGCGGCACAGCAAGAAUUGAACCUCAACGAGCUCGACGAUUUGAACAGCAAAAAGACUUUCGCUUCACCAGAAACCAAAGAAGAAGAAACGCAAUUUACAUGGCGUGCGGCAAUCCUAGGGUCGUUCCUUGGAUGCUUUGUUGCCGCCUCCAACAUGUACCUUGGCUUAAAGGUCGGAUUCACUUUUGGCGCUGGUAUUUUUGGUGCCAUUUUUUCGUUUGCUAUCAUCAAACCGCUCUCGACCCGACUUCCGCUCGCCUGGGGUGGUGGCUACUUUGGGCCCAAGGAAAACGUCACCGCACAAACCGCAGCUACUACGUCAGGUGGUCUGUUCAGCGGAUUCAUCUCCUCGAUCCCUGCCCUUUAUAAGCUCGGCCUGAUGACUACCCCUCGCCAGGACAUUGUUGCACUGACGCUGUUCACUGUCUCUGCGGCGUUUUACGGCUUGUUUUUUGCCGUCCCGCUUCGACGGCAUUUUGUGGUCAAACAAGAUUUGACGUUCCCGACUCCGCGUGCAUCGGCCACCACCAUCCUUUCGCUUCAUGGUUCCCAAGAGGGCCAUGAGGGCGGUAUGAAAAAGGCAAAGUGGAUGGCGUUCUGGUUCUGCUUUACGUUUUGUUGGGGUAUUCUCGGCUAUUUUGUGCCGUUCUUUGACACCUUACACAUCUUCUACUGGAUCGGAACCGCGGCAGGAUACGGAAACCUAGCGGCUGCGGACUCGACCUGGGCAUGGCAUCUGAAAUUUGACUUCCCCUUUUACGGCGCCGGUCUCAUGACGCCUGGCUCUGUUGUCAUCCCAUUCUUGGUGACCACUAUUUUGGUAUAUGGCAUCAUUGGUCCCUGCUUAGUUUCAACUGGCUACUUUGUCAAGCCAUACGGAUUUGUCGACCAUGGUGACACGACGCGCUCUUUCUUUUUGUGGCCAGGUAUUGCCAUGCUAGUCCUCGCCGCCUUUGCCGAGCUAUUUGUGCGCUACGACACGUUAUACCGUGGCAUCAAAGGCGGCAUCUUGGAAAUGGCUGCUGUUAGCAAACGCGCCUUCGGCCACAUUAGCCGCAUGCUGCUAGGCAAGCACACGCCUUACUCCGUUCGACGACCUACCACCCAUGAUGACGAAGCUUACGGACCUGAUGAACUUGUGCCUGCAUGGUGGUGGAUGCUUGGUCUCAUUCUUUCCAUCAUAUUUACCUGUGCCAUCAUGGGAGAAUUCUUUGGCAUGGUUGUCUACCAAACAAUCGUUUCGGUAAUUCUGGCAUUUUUGAUGGCCUUUGUCGGUAUCCAAGCAGCAGGCGAGACCGAUAUCAAUCCGACGGGCAGUGUUGCUAAGAUGUCUCAAUUGAUCUUUGCUGGUAUGCCAGGCUCCAGUAUCGAACAAAUUCAAAAGAACAACCUGAUGGCAGGCAACAUCACUGCAUGCGCAGCAGCCCAGUCUGUCGAUAUGGUUGGCGAUCUCAAAACAGGCCAGUUGGUCGGUGCCUCGCCGCGUGCUCAAUUUAUUACCCAAGUGCUGGCAUCCUUUGUCGCUGUCGGUAUCGCCGUUGCCUUGUUCAUCCUCUUCACAGACGCUUAUCCGUGCAUCAUUACCCAGGAUACCUCUGCCAAGUGCGAGUUUGGCCUCACCGGUGUCUGGGCGUGGAUGAGUGUCACACAGCUAGUAACGGGUGGUGCCACGUUGUCGCGGGAUUGCAUUAUCGUCACUUGUUGCUUUGCAGUAGUGGGCGUUUUGGGCCCUGUUGUGCGCCAGUUCCUCCUGCCCGAAAAAUAUCACAAAUACUUCCCUUCGUUGAGCGUUGCUGGUCUUGCCAUGGUCAACAGUACACCUGACGUGCCCUUGUCCAUGUUCAUUGGCUGGUCCGCGGGUAAGAUCUGGAAACGAUUCAAGCCAGACGCUUAUCACAUGUACAUAUACGCCGCUGCUGGAGGUAUGAUUGCUGGACAAGGUGUAUCGGCUAUUCUCAGAGCAGUUUUUCAUCUUGCCGGUUUGGAGGGCAAUGUGAUUGCCGUUUCUUGUAUAGAUCAACUCACAGAGAAUUGUCCUUGAAAAACUGUGUAUUCACUCGAUUUUGUACAUAAAAAUAACUUUACACUACUUGGUACUUUAUACAUCCUCCUCCUGUUGUCUACCUCUUCUACUUCCAAUGUAACUGUAUAUCUCUCAUCUUACAUACUACGUUUUUAUCCCUCACACUAUACAUACACGACAUACCAAGAAAAAGUCAUUAAUUUCCUCUUUAGUUCAUUCGUUGAGAAAGAUAUUAUGAGCUGUGUAAUAACAAGUUAACGUAUAGUAGUGAUGAUAAGUGAAUAGACACGAGAGACUAUGCGGCUAUGUAACAGUUGGCUGUGUU